CCGCGCCGCGCCGCUGCCACUGCCACUGCCACUGCCCCAUCUGGCCCCGCUGCUGCUGCCGCCGCCACCGCUGCCGCCGGCACGCAGUCUGCCAGGCGGGCGGCUCUGCCUGUCCAAGCCCGCAGCGGCUGCCACUGCAGUGUCCGGGUGCUGGACGCUCGGGCAGCAGCGGACCAAGAGGAUCCGAGUGAACGUCCAGGCACUUGCCCAACCCGUGCUACCGCCUCCACCGCUCCGGAGCGCAGGACCCCGCAGGUCCGGCGCCCGCUGCCUCCGCCGCCGCCUAUGCGGCCCCGGCACUUUUAAACGGGCGGGAGGGCUAGAGAGCCGGGCCGCCGAGAGCAGCGAGUCAGCCGAGCGGAGAGCUGCGCCUACCCGCCGCGAGCUGAGACGGACGCCCGCCCGCCGCUUCCGCCUGGCCGCUAUGGAUCUAUUCGACUUUUUCAGGGACUGGGACUUGGAGCAGCAGUGUCACUAUGAACAAGACCGUAGUGCACUUAAAAAAAGGGAAUGGGAACGGAGGAAUCAAGAAGUGCAGCAAGAAGAUGAUCUCUUUUCUUCAGGCUUUGAUCUUUUUGGGGAGCCCUACAAGACAAACAAAGGUGAUGCACUUGCCAACAGAGUCCAGAACACGCUGGGAAACUAUGAUGAAAUGAAGGAUUUGCUAACUAACCAUUCUAAUCAGAAUCAUCUAGUGGGAGUUCCAAAGAAUUCUGUGCCCCAGACUCCCAUCAACAAAAAUGAAACAAGCUUUUUCCCAGAACAAAAGAACCGAAUGAUCCCUCCUUAUCAGGAUAACACUCACCCCUCUGGACCAAUGCCUCCACCUUCUGUUGUGAUACUGAAUUCAACUCUAAUACACAGCAACAAGAAAUCAAAACCCGACUGGCCACGAGAUAGUCAUAACACUAGCAUUGUACCGGCUAGCCAGGCCAGCAGUCAGCCAAAUAAGAUGCAGCCAUCUACACAGGAUCAGCCCCAAGCUAGACUGGAAGACUACUUUGUUUACCCAGCUGAACAGCCUCAAGUUGGAACACUUGAAGGAUCAAACCCAUCAGCAAAGGAAGGCAGUUAUCUCAAGUCCAGUGGAGGUGAUACAUUCAAAGAAAUCUUUCAAUCUAACUCACCAGAAGCAUCUGAAUUUACAGUGCAAGUACCUGGGUCUCCCCUACUUGCCUCCUCUUUAUUGGCUCCUAGCAGUGGCCUUUCAGUUCAAAACUUCCCACCAGGGCUUUACUGCAAAACAAGCAUGGGACAGCAAAAACCAACUGCAUAUGUGAGACCUAUGGAUGGCCAGGACCAGACACAAGACAUAUCUCCAACACUGAAACCUUCUAUUGAAUUUGAGAACAGUUUCGGAAAUCUGUCAUUUGGAUCCCUCUUGGAUGGAAAACCAAGUACAGCCAGUUCAAAGACUAAACUGCCAAAGUUCACAAUUCUCCAAACAAGUGAAGUAAGCCUUCCCAGUGAUCCAAGCUGUGUUGACGAAAUCUUGCGGGAGAUGACACAUCCCUGGCCUACUCCUCUCACUGCCAUGCAUACUCCUGGAAACUCUGAGCAGAACACAUUUUCCAUCCUAGGGCAGGAAUCCCAAAAUCUGACUCCAGGAUUUACCUUACAAAAGUGGAAUGACCCAACCAACAGAGCUUCUACAAAGAUGCUUGAGGACGACCUGAAGCUGAGCAGUGAUGAAGAUGACCUUGAGCCUGUGAAGACCUUGACUACUCAGUGCACUGCCACUGAGCUCUACCAGGCUGUUGAAAAGGCAAAACCUAAGAAUAAUCCUGUGAACCAACCCUUGGCCAAGCCUCAUCCCCCACCUGCAGUGCAAGCCAGUGGUGGAUCCGGCAGCUCCAGUGACUCCGAGAGCAGCUCAGAGUCAGAUUCAGACACUGAAAGCAGCACCACGGACAGCGAAUCCAAUGAGGUGCCUCCUGUGGCAACUCCAGAGCCCGAGCCGCCCUCAACCAACAAGUGGCAGUUGGAUAAGUGGCUUAACAAAGUGACGUCCCAGAACAAAUCAUUUAUUUGUGGCCAAAAUGAGACACCCAUGGAGACGAUUUCUGUGCCUCCUCCAAUCGUCCAACCAAUGGAAGUCCAGGUCAAAGUUAAAACAACUCCCAACCAGAUCCUGGCUGAACCCAAAGAAAGGCCUCUCCUCAGUCUCAUCAGGGAAAAAGCCCGUCCACGAUCCACCCAGAAAACUCUAGAAACAAAGGCUUUGAAGCAUAAGUUGUCAGAAACUGUUGAGACAGUUUCUCAAAGGACAAUUGGGAAGAAACAGCCCAAAAAGGUUGAGAAGAACACUGGCAUUGAUGAGUUGACCUGGCCCAAACCAAAUAUUACCAGCAGCACUCCCAAAGAUAAAGGAAGUGUGGAGCUUCCUGACCCACCAAGAAGCCGCAACAAAGCCACUGCCCACAAACCAAUCCCCAGGAAAGAACCAAGGUCUCACAUCCCAUUGGCUUCAGAGAAGAAGAAAUAUAGAGGGCCUGGGAAAAUCGUGCCAAAGUCCCGGGAAUUCAUUGAAACAGAUUCGUCUACAUCUGAUUCCAACACAGAUCAGGAAGAAACCCUGCAGAUCAAAGUCCUGCCUCCUUGCACUGCUCCUGGGGGCAACUUUGCCAAAUCCAAGGAAACCUGUGGUUCUAGUAAGACCCUCAGCACCCUAGCCAGCAGCAGCAGUUAUAACAAUUUAUCCAUCAAUAAUGAGGAGCCAACUUUUUCACCCAUCCCUAUAAUGCAAACUGGGCUUCUAUCUCCUCUAAGAGAGCAGGAAAAUCCAAAAAAUCUCUGGGUAAAGAUUGACCUUGACUUACUAUCUAGAGUACCUGGCCACAACUCACUCCAAGCAGCAUCAGCCAAGCCAGACUACAAAGAGGCUUCCUCAAAACCCAGGCGUCAGAUUGCUGCUUCAGCUGUGGAAAAACCUACCCUUAAGGGCAAGAGGAAGCACAAGCCAACAGAAGUUGCAGAAAAAAUCCCCGAGAAGAAGCAACGCCUGGACGAUGCCACCACUAUCUGCCUGCUACCCCCUUGCAUCUCACCAGCCCCACCCCACAAGCCUUCUUACACUAAAGAAAAUAAUUCAUCCAGGAGAGCAAAUAGAAGAAAAGAAGAAAAGCUGUUCCCUCCUUCACUUUCCCCACUGCCAGAGGAUCUUCCACGCAGCAGAAACAUCAGUGGCAAUAAUGGUUUCUUCAGUCAAGACAAAAACAUCCCUAUGAUUGGACAGUUCAACUCUGCCAAACCUAAGAGGAGUGAAGGCAAAUUCUGUGCUACUUUCAAAGGGAUAUCUGUAAAUGAGGGAGACACUCCAAAAAAGGCAACCUCUGCCACCGUUACUGUCACCAACACUGCUAUCGCCACUGCUACUUCUACUGCCAUUGUUACCAUCCCUGCCAUAGCCACUGCCACUGCUACUGCCACGGCUACUACCACAAGCACUACUACUACCAUUUCCACCAUCACCUCUACCAUCACUACUGGCCUAAUGGGUAGCAGACACCUGGAGAUGACGUCCUGGGCAGCCCUGCCCCUUCUUUCCACCAGCACCACCAGUGUCCGGAGACCCAAACUCACUUUUGAUGACUCGGUUCACAAUGCUGAUUAUUACAUGCAAGAGGCUAAGAAGCUGAAGCACAAAGCUGAUGCACUGUUCGAGAAAUUUGGCAAAGCUGUGAAUUAUGCUGAUGCAGCCCUGUCUUUCACCGAAUGUGGCAAUGCUAUGGAGCGUGACCCUCUGGAAGCAAAGUCUCCAUAUACCAUGUACUCUGAGACUGUGGAGCUCCUCAGGUAUGCGAUGAGGCUGAAGAACUUUGCAAGCCCCUUGGCUUCAGAUGGGGACAAAAAACUGGCAGUAUUAUGCUACAGAUGUUUAUCACUUCUCUACUUGCGGAUGUUUAAACUGAAGAAGGACCAUGCUAUGAAGUACUCCAGAUCCCUGAUGGAAUAUUUUAAGCAAAAUGCUUCAAAAGUCACUCAGAUACCAUCUUCAUGGGUAGGCAAUGGAAAGAACACUCCAUCUCCAAUGUGUCUCAACAAUGUCUCUCCCAUCGAUGCAAUGGGGAAUUAUAACAAUGGCCCAGUCAUCAUCCCCCAGCGCAUUCACCAUAUGGCUGCCAGCCAUGUCAACAUCACUAGCAAUGUGUUACGGGGCUAUGAACACUGGGACAUGGCCGACAAACUGACAAGAGAGAAUAAAGAAUUCUUUGGAGAUCUGGACACACUGAUGGGGCCUCUGACCCAGCACAGCAGCAUGACCAAUCUUGUCCGCUACGUUCGCCAGGGACUGUGUUGGCUGCGCAUCGAUGCCCAUUUGUUGUAGUGGGUGCCCCCCUAUGUCCAACAUUACCAUCCAUCACUCUACCUCUACCAGAGUAUCAAUGGUUACUGGUGGAACGCCACUCAUUUGGAACGUUCUCUUUAUGUUUGUUUUUGUGCUUUUCUCAAUAUCUGUGAAAAACAGAAAUCAUUGUAAGUGGACACUACAACUUGAGAACAGUGUAUGUUUUAUUACUUAGUCAUUUUUUAGUAUUUUGUAUGCAUUUAUUAGAUCCUACCAUCCUUUUGUGCUGGAUGAAAUGACACAUCCACACAACCCAAAACAAAGAAUGGAAAAUACUUGCUAUAAUAACAGGUUCCUGAGAAAUUAAAUCAUAUAUAUAUAUAUACUCAAACACAAAGGACCAGCAAGUAUUCAAAUUUUCAGCAAUAGCCAUUCCCCAAACUAUAUUAUUAUGUCCAGAAAAUAAUGUAUUUCAAAAUCCAUUGUUAAAGUUUUGUGGUUCCUAUAGAAUUGAUCUUCAGGUGAGAGUUUUCAUUGUCAAAAUUCACUAGUUAGAUGUUGUAGCAAUAUCAUAAAAUCAUGCAUUAAGAAAAUAAAUGAGCAUAGUAAUGCCACUCUUAAAACAAUACUGUGGCAAGCACCAGAGGACAUUUUUAUUAGCAUCCCCCUCCCUGAUUCCCCAUUUUUUAAAUUUUAAUAACCAUGAGUGGCAACAUUUGUUUGGACAACUUUAAGGCAUCAGCUAGCAUAAAUAUUUUUGAACGCCAUAAUUUUAAAUGUAAAUAUUCACCUGGAAUUCUCUUUGUGUAAAGCACUCCUCUUGGGGGGUACUUUCGUGGGUGCACUCCCUAGUAGCCAAAAUGCUGAUAUUUGGGUCCAAAAUUGGCAGGAUUUUUUUAUUGCAUUGUGCUCAAAUCUCUAGAAUCAAAGGUCAAGUUGUCACUACCUAGAAAUAAUAAUAUACAGUUUGCUUUCUAGUGGCUUUAAAAUAUGGACUUCCCCAAUUAAUAUCCCCAAUCUCUAUUUACAGGGUUUCUUUUUCUUCUUCAUUUUCUAUUCUAUUUCUUUGCUUUUCCUUUUUUCGGGGGCUCAUUAGAUUUUAACUGAAAUACAAUCACUGAUUUUAUUCAAGUCUCUAUUAAUAUGAGUCAUUUCCAUUAAUAUUCCAAAGAUAGGUCCACAUUUUCUAAGUAGUAGAGCUAGCCUUUUAACAAAAAUUAGUCUGGAGGCAAUGCUUUAACCUAGAAUUUUUUUUGAAAAAAUCCUGAAGUUUAGGAACAGUUCACCCAACUUGGACAUUUCUAGAUCAGUUGCAAUUAUCCCCAACCCUUAUAACCCUGUACAUCCAUUUCAUGGCCCUAAACAUUACAAUGUAAAUAUCAUCUUUAUUAUUCUAGUUUACCAGAAGAAUUCCCCACAUGUGCUAGACAAUAUCCAUGCAUUAGUUCUGUAUAAUUACCUGCUGUUAUAUAAUUCCUCAUAGCCUUUAAUUUGCUGAGUUAAUGAAUUUUGUUCACUGUUAAUGACAAGUUAAAUAAUAGAUAUAUGCACAUGAAAGAUGAAAACUUGUAUGAAGUUUAAACCAACUCAUGCAAGUUUGUGAUUGGAACAGCAAAGGAUCAUUCUGCACUCUUAUUGUCAAGGUUAGAUAUCACCACAGUUGCAAAAAAACCAGACCUAAGCUCUUCUCUGGUCAUCAUUGAGUUUAAGGUCCGGUCCUUUGUUGUAUAAUAAGGUUGUGACAGUUUACUCCAAUGGCUGAAACCACUUUUUUAAAAUGACUGCUGGGAAUGUUCCAGUAACUGAACCCAGCACUUUUUAUGCUCCCAGUGAGGUUAAGCUUUACGUUCACAGUCUCAGCAACAAUACUACCACAUGCAGACACACAGAGAUAAAUGAAACCUCAGAGAAUAUUUUCUGAGUCUCUUAAAUGAGGAAAAUAAUAAUAUGAAAGACUCUAAUCACCCAAGGUGGGUGUCAUAUAUAAGAAAUUAAGCUGAUGGCUUUGCAUUCACCCAAGUUAUCUUAAUGGCUUACCAGGUAGAGUGCAUGACUACUACUAUACAGGCUGGGGCAAAUGUAGGUUUACAGUUGUUCAUAUGGAAAAUAAUACAAUAAUUAAUAAUGAUACAGGAAUAAACUCUAAGUUUCAUGUACUCAUGACUUUAACCUUACUUUUGUCUCACCCUGUAUAAUGAAGCCCACUGGCUUGCCUUACAAAUUCAACCUAGAGCACAUUCCGAGAUGAUCAUGGAUUUAGGAGCAGAUUUUACUAGAAAUAAAAUCACCGGAAACUAGAUAUUAGAAUGCUAGGGGAAAUUUCCAAGGAAAGCAAGCAUAUUGCCUCAAGGAUGUAAGACUUGUAGCUCUAGUUUCAGUAAGUUGCUAUGUUUACUUUACAUAAAACAGGGAGGUAGCAGAGAAUCCUGCUUCCUGAUGUCAUCUCUGGUAGCUGAGGGUAGUGUGUGCCAAGUCAGCAGCACAAUUAUCAAAUCUGACAGUCGAGCUCAGGACCACCACGAGAUUAUUUAGUAUACCCAUUUGUAAAGCAGCUUAGAAACCAAUUAAACAUGGAGGAUAAUUUGCCUUCCUGUCCUUGGAGAUGAGAUAUCUUUCCAUUUCAGGAUUAAGGAUUGUUGCUGUUUUCUAGGCACUCUAUUUAUCACAUUAUAAAUGGUGAUGUGUGUCAUAGAUGUGCAGCUAUUUGAGGGAUUGAGAUAGUUUGCCAAGUAAUCUCUUCAGUGUACCAGUUUGUGGGAGGGAUGCAAGACAUGUGGAUGGCAAUGAGAGAUCCUGCCUUGAGACCUUGAUGGAGGCUUGGUGAGACACAUCUCAAUAAGCACAUAGAGGUAGGACAAUGGGCAGAACAGUGACCAGCUCCACCUGAGCAGGUACACAAAAUGAUCUCAACCCUGCAAAGUGACCCAGGUAAAGCCACCACAAUGUCUUCAUUAGUUAUCCAUACUUCAACCACAGAGACUUUGACAUGUUUGUGUUAUGAUGUUGACUUGGCUUUGUAUAUUUAAUUGACUUUGGGUUUUUUAGUGGUUUUGGCAUAUUACUGUCUGAGUUUGGUAGGUAGGAUUAAUUUGAAAAGGGUAUACUAGUGUGGUCCUCGGAGUAGAAUUUAGCCAUAAACAUGUUGUUAUCCAGCCUUUAAUCUGUUAAUUAUUUAAUAAUCUCAUUGGAAAAAUACUGGUCGUUUUAUAUUUGGAUGAUAUAAUUGGAAAAGUUAGCUGCUGUUAACUUUUAAAAGACUUGAGGCUGGGACGCCUUUUUUUCCAUAUAAUGACAUAAAAAGAUUCAAACCUUCAGUCAAUAACCAAGUUUCUAAAUUAGAAACCAUUUGCUAAAAUGUGUUUUGUUGAAUUUUCAAAUUGAUGGGUUGUCAUUUGGACAUUACAUCAGUAAAUACAUUGGAUUGUGUCUAAAUUGGAAAGAUAUCUGGUCUAUUGUAUCUUUCCCAAAGGUUUCUAAUUCAGAUUUUUUUUCAUUUUAAUUUGCAUCCCGGGGGUUGAAGUUGGAGUAUGAAGUUGGAAAGCAUUUUUGAAGGCAAAAUUAAUUUAGCUGUGAGGGUAAAACCCUCACAUCCUUCUCAACAGGCAUGAUGAAAUUCACCUGCAUUAUUUGGCAGGUGGGAGAACCAAACUGGAUCACUGAGUAGGACUACUCAGUAAUGUAAUGAACUGCUUGCUUAGAGAAGCAUCACUAUACCCAUUAAGAAACUGUGUGGCAAGAUGGUAUAGCUACACAAUAUCAAAUUAAUGGGUUGAUUCAGUGCCCCUAAAUUCAAUUCUGUGGGGGAAAAUUUUGAGCCAGUUGUCACUACUAUGUUAUGCAGCUGGCAGACUAAAUUCUUUUUCCUCCUCUUCUUCUUCUCGUCCUUUUUCUUGUCCUCCUCCUUCUCCUUCUUCUCCCUUUUCUUCUUAUCCUCCUCCUCCUUCUACCCCUCUUUCUGUUCUUUGUUCUUGUUGUUGUUGUUUCUCAUUUCCACUCACACAGUCUUGUUCUCAUAAUUAAAAUCUGAUUCAUUUUCUCUUCAGUGUUAGCAAACCCCAACAAUAGAAGUAGUAUCUGCGUGUUGAUAAUCAGCAUUUACCCUGGCAGGAGGCUAAUUGGAUAGGCUAUCUCAGACAUUAAUCCUACUGUCUGAUAUUUUCUGGGAAAUAAAAUGUAUUAAUUCCCUUUCCAUUCAUUCUCCUCCUCACAAAUCUAGAAGCCCUCUUUACCAAGAGCAUCACAUUUUCCUCUGAAAUCUAGUGACUCAAAGAAAAUUGCAUUGUGGGGAGUGUAGAGGGUAGGGAAGCCCUUCAGGCUAGGCUGCAGUUCUUGCCCCUUUCUGCUUCUGACAUGAGAUGUUAAUGAAUCAUCCAUCAGGCUCACAUUGGGUUAGGGAACACUGAACUUCUUUUCUGAUCCAUAAUCAAUCAUCAGUCUUCUAAGAGAGUAGAGCUUUGCUGUUUCAUUAACUGUGCAGUGUAGACUAAUGGUGUUUAAUAAACUUUAUUCAAAAUUUCAAA